GCAUGCGUGAAAUAUUUGUUAACGUUCCACACCGGAAGACGUGUCACCGAAGUCUCCGAGUGAUUCAUCUUCUUGCACACAUACGAUCUUCGUUGCAACUCUUGUGACAGCUAGCAUUCCGGUGAACAACACAUCAACGGUCCAAACGUAAACAGGGUUUGCUGUGUGGACCGGAGAGGACGGAGGGGGAGCUCAAACCCUAGUCUCCCCAGACCACCCUGAGAGAACCGGCCAGCCAUGGAUGAUCGCUCCUCACUGAGAAAAGUCAGCAGCUCUACAGAGUCCGUGGCCACCGUCACCAGUGAGGAGUUCGUUCUGAUACAGACCGGUGCUGCCGGAUCACCACACAGUUCUGAAGGGAAACCAAGACUCAAGAUGGCCUGUAACGGCAGUGAACAACUUGAAAAAGCUCUGGAUGAAGUGUUAGACGAUGAAAACGAUGAUGAAGAUCAGGUGAAAGAGGAGAAGAGCAAUGUGGAAAAGAUGGAAAAGGAAAAGGACCUCAAGAGCCAAGUCCAGGAACCUUCGCCAACAGAAGUCUGUCCUGCACCGUCCACCCCCACGGCCCUGGAGGAGGACAGUGUCCAGUUCAACAAACUGUCCUACCUGGGCUGCACCUGGGUCAAAGCCCCGCGCAAUGAGGCCGAGGCACAGAGAGCGAUGACCACGCUGAUAGCUGAGAGUGCCAAACACAUCCCCAUCACCCUCCACGUCCCCUGUGGACCAGACGGAUCAGUCAGGAUUGUGGACCAGGCCUCGGGGACAGAAAUCGCCUCGUUCCCCAUUUACAAGGUGUUGUUCUGCACUCGUGGACGAGAGGGAACUGUGGACAGUGACUGUUUCUCCUUCACCGAGAGUUACAGAAGUUCUGAGGACUUUCAGAUCCACGUCUUCUCCUGCCAAAUUAAAGAAGCUGUCAGUCGGAUCCUCUACAGUUUCUCCACAGCCUUCCGUCGUUCUUCUCGGCCCACAGACAUCAGGGACACAAUGAUGUCCAGUCCGUCUGACAGUGACCUCUUCACCUUCAGUGUGUCACUAGAUGUCAAGGAAGAUGAUGGCAAAGGCAACUUUAGUUCAGUGCCUAAGGACAGAGAUAAGUUGUACUUCAAGCUUCGACAGAGUGUACAGAAGAAGGUUGUGGUUUCAGUUCAGCAGAUGUGCAACAAGGAGCUGGGCAUCGAGAGGUGUUUCGGGAUGCUGCUGAGUCCAGGGCAGAAAGUCUCUAACAGUAACAUGCAUCUCCUGGACAUGGAAUCGAUGGGGAAUAGUUCCGAUGGAAAGGCCUACGUUAUCACGGGAACAUGGAACCCCAACAUAGCUGCCUUCCAGCCACUGAAUGAAGACACACCUAAAGAUAAACAAGUCUUCAUGACGGUGGCCGUAGACCUGGUGGUGACGGAGGUGGUGGAACCAGUUCGGUUCCUGUUAGAAACGCUGGUCAGGAUUUAUCCCUCCAACGAACGCUUCUGGUACUUCAGUCGCAAGACCUUCAGCGAGACGUUUUACCUCAAACUCAGACAGCAGGUACCAGAGAAGGUGGGUCAGAGCGAUGCAGUGUACGAGGUAGUGAGUCUUCAGAGGGAAGCAGAGAGAAGCAAUGAGAAGAGGGAACGACUGACUUCUGCACCUGAGGAAGAGGAGGCUGAGGAAGAUAGCGACAGCGAAAUCUCAAGUGGAACAGGAGAUGUUUCCAAAGACUGUCCUGAGAAAAUUCUGGAGUCCUGGGGAGCGAUCCUCACCAGAUGGCAUGGGAACCUGUCCACCCGUCCAAAGGGACUGUCCUCGCUGGUCCGCAGCGGUAUUCCUGAGCCGCUCCGAGCCGAAGUUUGGCAGCUGCUGUCCGGUUGCCAUGACAACGGGGAGCUCCUUGAACUUUACCGCAUCCUCAUCACCAAGGAGUCGGCCCAGGAAAGUGUGAUCACUCGUGACAUUCAUCGAACCUUCCCCGCACAUGAUUACUUCAAGGACUCCGACGGAGAUGGACAGGACUCGCUGUAUAAGAUCUGCAAGGCUUACUCUGUCUACGACGAAGAGAUCGGUUAUUGCCAGGGUCAGUCGUUUCUUGCUGCCGUUCUCCUACUGCAUAUGCCUGAGGAGCAGGCCUUCUGCGUGCUGGUGAAAAUCAUGUAUCAGUACGGCCUCCGAACUCUCUACAAGAACAACUUUGAAGAUCUUCACUGCAAGUUCUACCAGCUGGAGAAACUGAUGCAGGAACAGCUCCCUGACCUGUGGUCCCACUUCCAGGAGCUGAACCUGGAGGCCCACAUGUAUGCGUCCCAGUGGUUCCUCACCCUCUUCACUGCCAAGUUCCCCCUGUGCAUGGUGUUCCACAUCACUGACCUGCUGCUGUGUGAGGGUCUGAACAUCAUCUUCAACGUAGCCCUGGCUUUACUGAAGACUUCGAAGGAGGACCUACUGCAGGCUGAUUUUGAAGGCGCCCUCAAAUUCUUCAGAGUCCAGCUCCCGAAACGAUACCGAGCUGCAGAGAAUGCUCGACGGUUGAUGGAGCAGGCCUGCAACAUCAAGGUCACCCACAAAAAGCUGAAGAAGUUUGAGAAAGAAUAUCAGACGUUGAGAGAGAGCCAGCUGCAGCAAGAGGAUCCCAUCGACCGAUAUCAGAGGGAGAACCGUCGUCUUCAAGAAGCCAGUAUGAGGCUGGAGCAGGAGAACGAUGACUUGGCCCACGAGCUGGUCACCAGUAAGAUCGCACUUCGAAACGACCUUGACCAGGCAGAAGACAAGGCUGAUGUUUUGAACAAAGAGCUGCUGAGCACCAAACAACGUCUGGUGGAGACUGAGGAGGAGAAGAGACGGCAGGAGAAGGAGACGGCUCAGCUGAAGGAAGUCUUCAGGAGAGAGCUGGAGAAAGCAGAGAUGGAGAUCAAGAAAACCACAGCCAUCAUAGCCGAGUACAAACAGAUCUGCUCCCAGCUCAGCACCAGGCUGGAGAAACAGCAGGCGGCGACCAAAGAAGAGCUGGACAUAGUCAGGAGUAAAGUCAUGAACUGUGACCACUGUAAAGACCUGUUCAGCACACUCGGAAACCUCCAGACAUCUUCACCCGGAGACAAGGCGUCCUCCGAACCUCUGGACGAGGAGAAGGACGGGCUGACGGAGCAGCUGAGGCACCUGGAGCUGGAGCUGGCUCAGACCAAGCUGCAGCUGGUGGAGGCCAAGUGUCGCAUCCAGGAGCUGGAGCACCAGCGGGGAGUCCUGAUGAAUGAGAUCCAGGCAGCCAAGAACUCCUGGUUCAGCAAGACUCUGGGCUCCCUGAAGAACUCUGCCUCCUCCUCCUCCUCCUCCUCCUCCAGCUCCACGUUCACGACUCCGUCGUCUCCAAAGGAGGGUCCUGCCUAGGUCCGGUCUGCACCUCCUCCACCGCUGCAUGAGGCAGAGAAGAGCUGACGAACUGAGGAAACAAGCAAAGGAAAGAUGCAGUAUUCCUUUUCCCAGAUUUGUGGCCAGGAUGGAGGGGAAAAAGAGAAGGAGGUGAGAGAAGGAGGUGAGAGAAGGAGGUGAGAGGAGCUGGGACCAUUCAGUCGGCUCUCUGUUAAUGUUUACAUUUGAAUGAACAAAAAUGAGUCUGCUGGUCGUCCUGUGGUGUAUCAAUUUAACCUUCGUCACAACAGCUCCAUCUGGUGGUCAGACAUGGCUGAAGCGGAGUUAGAUUUUAGAUCUUUAAUUAGUUUUAAAUACAUCUCAGUAACAUUUAAAGAGUAACGACAUACUGCUGACCAAGAACAGUCUUCAGCCACAGUCACAGCUGUCUGAAAAAGGAAUACUGCAUCCAGACAAGAAUCCAAAACGUAUUUCUUGAUAGUAAUAUAACGUUAAACCCUGUUGUCAUAUAAAUAUGUAUAAGUAAUGAAUGACUUUUUAAUAAUCUUGUACAGUUCUUUAAGAGGAGAAAAAGAAGAAAACCUUAAGGAAAUUUUCUUAAAUUUUUUUUUUAUUAUUAUCUACUGUUUGGAAUAUGAAUGUGGUCUUUACAGAUGUUGACAUAAGCACAGUGUGUGUGUGUGUGUGUGACGUGGUGCAGUCCAGAAGCUGACGUAACAACGUCCAGUUGUUUUUUGUUUGUUUUUUUCUCAACAUUUUUUAUUCUGUUGGGUUUGUAUUUCCUCUUUUUUCACAGUUUGUUUUUUAUUAUCUCAGAUUAAAGGUAGAAUCUGUGUAGUUUUACACCUGCUGAUAUCCUUUGUAGAGAACUGUUGUUGGAGUCAAACAGUCAUAGUUUUACUUCACCAACUGUACUAUGACAUGGAUGAUCUGAUCAUCUCACACACAACAGAAAAGUUUUUCUUAAUUUUUUUAAAUUUGUUUUUAUUGACCAGACUCAGCUUUUGGACUCGGCCCAUGUUUGUUUGUCUGUGUGUAUGUGUGUGUGUUUGUCUGUCUGUGUGUGUGUGUGUGUGUAUUAAAGUUAGAAUGCUUUGGUCUUCACCUGGCUGCCUUUUGCGUUAUUGACUGAAGCUGGUGACAGAAAAGCCAUGUGUUCAAAAAAAGUGGAGGAGCAGCUGCUGUGCCAUAGAAUUCUCGCUACUGCUACGACCCCUAGUGGCCUGAGCCAAAAUUGUCUGAUCGGUGAUUGUGUCUCAGAAAAAUCUCUCGUGCAUUUUUUUUUUUAGCAAUGAUCCGUUUUCAUUUACAUUCCCAGAAGGAAAUUCCCAGACACUGUGACAUCACUGUGUCAUCACUAAAUUCCACGCGUGUUUCCGGGACAUUCCGCUGUGUCUCCUGUAACAUUCACAGUGUCAUUGACGCCCAAUGUUGCCAAGUCGAGGGGACUCCCUACAUUCAAUGUGCACUAAAACAAUAUUGACGUUUUAAACACUAUUUCAAGACAUCUCCUUAUGUGUGUGUGUGCGCGUAUGUGUGUGUGUGUGUGUGUCUUAGCACAGAACUUUAUUAUUUUUUAACUGAUUAUUUUUCUCGCUACAAGAGACAGCUGCCAAUUUCUAAUCAAUCCUAAUAAGACGUUAGUUCCGGUGAUGGCGGGGAGACGUUAGUUCAGUCGGUUGUUGUGCCGCAGUCCUGUUACAUGGGAGAGAACCGCGUGUGAGGCGGUGAAACUCCAACUCUGUCUGCUGUACAGUGAACUGUCUGACCUGCAUUAAUAAAAACACAUUUUCCUGA